GUGUAUAUUUUGCAUGAUUAGGAUAAAAGUCACCUUUGGUGCAUCACCUCUAUGUUGUGUAUCAUCACACACGGUAAGAUUGAGUACUUCACGGACAAGAAAAAACCCAGGAGGAACCAUACUGAGCCAGUUUGUUGUCAAGUGUGCCUCCUGUUCACGCCCCUCUAACCGACCUAUCCUAACGUGCCCCUUCUCGCGCAGACUUCAAUUCCCAGAAUGCAUCUGGGCUCGUCCUUGUCAGAAUCCAAUAUCUCAACGCUGUCACGGGUAGUAACGGCAGAAAUACAACAGCAUGGACGAUGCUAGUCAGUUAAAGUCACGUCAGAACCAAUGAAUACGAGAAAUGUGUGAAAGGCAGUGCCUUCAACACUAGGAGACGUUUUUCGAAAGACAGGCGUACUGUGAAUACUCUCACAACACUGUCCGACGAGCGUUACAUUUACGGUAAUGUAGCAGUAAGCUAACGGCUAUCCAACGUUACUCAACCUGCUAUUUGGCUAACUUUGAAACCGCUUCCGAAGAACCUGCUAGCAACAACGCACUAAGUGAGGGAUACCAAAGCAUCAGACAUCUCCGAGCUGAUGUCAACUUGGUAAGCUCUCAGCACCGGGUGUUGGUGGGGGCACCACUCGCAGUGGUUGAAUUCAUGAGCCCGCUCAGUGACCGCUAGUCCUCGGGGAUGGGCACCGGAGUACAGGAACAACGGGCGACACUUGGGCAGGGAGAAGUGCUGCCGCUGGACUCCUCUAGUCAGGCAGAAGUGAGCUAUGAGGGCCUGAGGCACACUCGGUCUGUCGUCAACUCGCUCUUCUCUGGGGCUUUAGCGGGAGCCCUGGCCAAGACAGCUGUCGCUCCAUUGGACAGGACUAAAAUCAUCUUCCAAGUGUCUUCAGCAAGAUUCUCUGCCAAGGAGGCCUACAGGUUGAUCUACCGCACCUACCUGAAGAAUGGCUUCCUCAGUCUGUGGAGGGGCAACUCUGCCACCAUGGUGCGAGUCAUCCCGUACGCUGCUAUCCAGUUUUGUUCACACGAGCAGUACAAGGGACUGUUAGGAGGCUACUAUGGCUUUCAGGGGAAAGUCCUUCCUCCAGUUCCGAGGUUAUUGGCUGGGUCUAUGGCGGGUACCACGGCAGCCAUGGUGACCUAUCCUCUGGACAUGGUGCGAGCUAGGAUGGCUGUAACGCCAAAGGAAAUGUACAGUAACAUCCUGCACGUGUUUGUGCGGAUAUCCCGAGAAGAGGGCCUGAAGACAUUGUAUCGAGGCUUCACUCCCACCAUGCUGGGUGUUAUUCCCUACGCUGGUCUGAGCUUCUUUACCUAUGAGACACUGAAGAAAGUACAUGCAGAGCGCAGUGGGCGCCCACACCCCUACUCAUAUGAACGUCUGGCGUUCGGAGCCUGUGCAGGACUUCUUGGCCAGUCGGCAUCUUAUCCUCUGGAUGUGGUACGACGUCGUAUGCAGACCGCAGGAGUCACAGGUCACACGUACGGCACCAUCCUGGGCACCAUGAAGGACAUUGUGUCUGAGGAAGGGGUCGUCCGUGGACUCUACAAAGGUCUCAGUAUGAACUGGGUCAAAGGGCCCAUCGCAGUGGGGAUCAGCUUCACCACCUUUGACCUCACUCAGAUUCUCUUGAGGAAGCUGCAUCAGAUGGGCUAUACGGCUCGGUAAUAAUAACGCUGCAGAGAGAGGGAAACGGGGAUAGUGGGAUGACGAGCUCCCCUUACACCCUCCGAAAGAGAAAGGAAGUGAGAGAGUAACGAUUGUGUGCUGCUGGAUAGAAGCAAACACACACUGGCUCAGGAUGCGGGAUAUUAAUGUGUUCUCUCGCUUUAUCUGUGUGCAGCGCGGGAUGUACAGUCCCUGUAGGCGUGAGCUAUGUUGGAUGGUACAGAGUACCUGUACACACUGUUGUCAUGUACAGCGAAGUGCAAUAUGCUCAGUGAGUUUUCCCUGUGUUUGUGUGUGCACGUAAUUUAUAACGCGUUUGCCCUCGUGGACCAGGCCCGUGAGUUUCAGUCUGAGAGUUUAGAGGUUCACACACACACUGAGGUCUCCAUACUGCCUUGUGUGUCUGCUUACAACUGACACCUUCCAGCGUAAUGCAGGUCAUUUAUAUGUAACGUACUAAGAUGCAUUUGAUUCAACAACAGUAAAAUAUUCCCCCUUGAGAUUAGUUUUUUAAUGAGUGUGUUGUUCUUAUAUGAGCUUGUUGCAGAUUCUAUGAUAUUCGUGGUGUUUGUAUAUCGAAGCACAAACGUUCUCAGACUACGACUUUUGAGCCAAAAUCUUGCCUCGAAAUCUAGCACAGAGGUAACAGCAUUGUUACUGUCCUCACAUGGUCAGUUUUAUUUAGAGUUCAAUGUAUUGAAUGUGUCCAGUAUCUUUAAGCGGAGCUCCUUGAGAGUGAAUUCACAGACUUUUAUUUGUAGUUCAGCUGUAGUGAUGACUGCAGACUAAUGAGCUCGAUAGUAUGCCAGUGCCAACAUAUAUGAAGUAUAAAGAGUGCCCAAAUGAUUGAGUUUGUUUUCACUGUGAUCAUAUAUAGUGGACCUUUCGAAAAAUAUUGUCAAUUGCGAUGGAAAGUUUAGUUGUUGGUAUGUGUUGGUACAAAUGAUCCGACAGAUAUCCGUACGAGACGGGCAUACUCUUUGGACAUAGAGUCCCAUGUUAUGCACAUGAUGCAAGUUAAUGGGUAAUUUUCCAAAUUGAAGAUCAUAUACUGAUUCAACAGUUUAGUAGGAACACAUGACCAGUCUAAUGUAAGCCACUACAACAGCUCUGCAAUGAGCGCUACCUUUAUCAAGUGUACAAUGUUCUGUCGUUGAGGUGUCGCUUUAUCUCCGGUAAUCUUUUAGCUGUAUUGUUUUGGAUUUCGAUAUCGAAAGGUGUUUUGUUAUUUUCUGUCACCGGUAAAGGAGGAAGACGGACACAUACAAGUAUUUAAAUGUUGUCUUCCAUUUGCUGUUGGUUUGGCAGCUGCAGGGGGCAUUGUUUAAAACUGUGAAGAGAUGAUUUGAGUUCUCUGUUACAGGCGUGAUUUAGUAUAUUUUAGUGUUCUUAGUAUUGUACUUUACCUCAGUACGUAGUCAAACGAACAUGACAUUCUUGCAUAGCAAUGUUUUAUGUGGAGUAGUUGUCAUUUGACUGUAUCUGAUACAGUUUGAACAGUAUUGAUGCAGGGGGCUCACAGUCGUUGAAGAGUGUCAAUAGUUUCUAUACUUAGACCAAACAUGCCAAGGGAGGAUGGUUGAGCCGAGGGAGCAGCUGGGUGCAGAGCCGGGUGGAGCUUCAUCUUUAUGGAGCUUUGCUCUGUGAGACGAGUGUGAGGAUCUCCACUGAAACUCAAGUUGCUUUGUUAGUUAAGAUACUCAAAAAACACAAUAUUGUAAUACUGAAGUAAUGGUAUUGUAAUUAGUGUUUUUCACUAAUAUUUUUUCUUUAUUGGUUAAUCUAUACAUUAUCAGACUGUCAUAGUUUGAGUAAUGUCUUAACUUUGCUUACUGAACGUUUACUGACCAGCAGACGAACAACCCAAAAAUGUGUUGAGUGUUUAAUAAUCUCUAAUCAGCCAAUGUUUUGUGAUUUCACUAUUAACCAAAAGAAGAUUAACCGAUUAUCAAAUGAGUUACUUUAAAGUGGCCAUAGAAAAAUUAAGGCUUGAUUUAUGGUACAAAGGAAGACCGUUAACUAUUGCUCAACCUAAACAGGAACAUGAUGGCGUGUGGCUGCGGUAGAAAAGUCCUUAACUGAGUGAAAUGACCCGGACGUAUCUAAGUGGCCGCCAUGAUGAGAGCUGUUUGAAUUCUCUAGAUGCUAAGGAAAGGUGCUUCAAUGCUUCCUUUCUUAGCUCCUUCAGCAUAGGAAACACUGGACCUUCCUUUACCAAAGGAAAAAAGAUAAUGCUGCCCCACAACAUUUAUAUAGCCGGCAUAAUAACUUUAAGUAUGAUACACGGGGCGAAGUAUUGGAUGCACAAAGGUUAUCUGUUGCCACUUUAAGAAUAUAAACUUUUUCUCCAUUUAACAAGAGGCCAAACAAGCACUAGCUCCAAAAGUCGCUAAAGGUCGCCAGAUGCGGUCACAUGCUCAUUUACAUAUUGGUGACGACAUUGCCCAUUCAUCGCAAAGCUUUGGGUUAGUCCCCAAAAAGUAUUGAGAUUCGAUGCCCAGCCCUGUACUGGAAAGAUUACUACACUUUGCCCCCAUUCCCCAAAGCCGACUCUCCCCUCACCUGCCUGUCUGACCAUCUCUUUAUCUGUCUGGUCAUUGAUGUUGUGAUUGUUUUCCUGAUUGUUCAGUAAAUCAGAGCGCUGUUCAAGAAAGCAGGUUUGUUGAAAGCUCUGAGUAAGUAACCCUGAGAUGAGGGAAACUAGGUUUUCAUUCUCUGAGGAGAGGCAACUUAAACUCUGGGUCUGUAACCCAGUUGUUGAACGAACUGUGAUCAGCUGUUCUGGAACCAAAAACUCAGUUUCCCAUCUCAGGGUUAAUUUCAGCUGAGGUUUGAUCACUGACAGCUUGAAACCCGCACAUGUUCUGAGCUGAAGCGUCCAGGAGUGCUGUAAUGUAGAAAGUAUACAGUAACUGAAAGCUGAGUGACGGGUAGUUACUGAAUCUCAAGUGCCUGGCAAAGAAUAGUAACGUCUGUACUAUGACUGAGCUACUUCUACUCACCUUUUUGAAGGUUGCUUUGAUUUUCUAGCCUUUACAAAUAUUUAAGGGGCAGAAGAUGGUUUGAAGUUUGGAGAUUGUUCGACCUCUGUGUCUGAAUGUAUUACUUAAGGUCCAACUUUUGUAUGUGAAUUUUGUAAAACGUAUGAACUGCCUUGCAGUGUUCUGCUGUCUAGGGUGAGAUGCGUGAACCGUGGCUCCCUGGCAGACUUGAACAAUCCAUUCCAACCAGUCCAGGACUCAUUUCAAAGUACAUCUGAUGGUCAUUUGUGUCCUGAUUUCAAUUGGAAGAGCAUUGUAAUGUUAUCUCCCUAUAGAUCAAGGGAACUAAUACACAAUGAAAUACACAGAGUAACAACAAGCCUGGGAAAACACCAGACAAUCAUGAAAUGCCAAAAAAAGUUUUGAAAGAAAAGUAGAUUUUUUGUUGAGUACCUGACAGUGGCCUAAUGAUGAAGAAUACUAAAUCACUACAACAACUAAAAAACUGGAAGAUGUGAUUUUUUUUUUUUUUUUUUUUUUUUAAAUUUGCUCUUGUAAAAGCAGAUUUGAUUGUUUUAACCCUAUUUGUGGGUAACAUCUUGUAUCGUGUUUGCUUCAGUGCAGCAGCGAUAGGACCGCUGUGUAAAUCCUCGUGAUUUGUGCCAACUGAAUGUAAACGUAGCUACUAAUACCACACCCUGUGUUUGAUCUCUAUUGGUGAUGAUGUGUCUGUUGGACAGUUUGAAAUAUCAAAUCCUAAAAUAAAAGUGGAUGUUAACACCA